UGAAAAUGAAGUGGACGUGGAUGAUGCUCCUCCUCGGCAGUUCUUUAGCGGGGACCUGCUCAGGGUGGACGUAUCACCACUCCAGCACCACCAUGAACUGGAGCCAGGCCCGGCAGUGGUGCAGGAACACCUACACGGACAUGGUGGUCAUCCAGAACCAGGACGAGAACGACAAGCUGGUCUCCGUCUUGCCAAACAAGACCUCCAGCCCGUAUUACUGGCUGGGACUCACCGGGACGCGGAAGGACUGGACCUGGGUGGGGAACAACAGCACGUGGAUAGGCGAGGAGUCCUGGGCGGAGAAAGAGCCCAACAACAAGCACAACGUGACGGUCUGCGUGGAGAUCUACGUCAACAACGGAGAGAACCGAGGGAAGUGGAACGACGAGAAGUGCCGGCAGAAGAAAUACGCCGUGUGCUACCAAGCUCAGUGCAAUGACACAAUAUGUGGACCAGGGCGAUGUCGGGAAGUCGCCAACAACUUCACCUGCUUGUGUGACGCUGGCCUGCAGGGAAACACAAGUCACACAGCUGAACAGACUCCUAAUGAUAUCGUGUUGGCUGGGACUUCUUUUCCUUCAACCUCUCACUCUGAACAGACUCCUAAUGAUAUCGUGUUGGCUGGGACUUUUCCUUCAACCUCUCACUCUGAACAGACUCCUAAUGAUACCGUGUUGGCUGGGACUUCUUUUCCUUCAACCUCUCACUCUGAACAGACUCCUAAUGAUACCGUGUUGGCUGGGACUUUUCCUUCAACCUCUCACUCUGAACAGACUCCUAAUGAUACCGUGUUGGCUGGGACUUCUUUUCCUUCAACCUCUCACUCUGAACAGACUCCUAAUGAUACCGUGUUGGCUGGGACUUUUCCUUCAACCUCUCACUCUGAACAGACUCCUAAUGAUACCGUGUUGGCUGGGACUUCUUUUCCUUCAACCUCUCACUCUGUGCACUGCACCCACCUGGCACACCCGGACGGAUACCUCAGCUGCGCAGAAGGGAAUCACACCGUCAACUCCACCUGUCGGUUCAAAUGUCACCGAGGCUUCCUGAUGAUCGGCUCGCCCGAAGUCACCUGUGGGGCGACGGGGGUUUGGAGCAGCCCCGGGCCAGCUUGUGCACUGAUCCGCAACUCACCUAGUGUCUGCAACACUCAUGCAGCCCCAGGCCAUGACACUGCCAACACUAAAGCUCGCCCAGUGCCGACAGCACUCGAGCACUCCCAGACCAUGACGGCACCACUACCAGACGAGCGGCUUUUUAGAACGACACGGGUACAAAACCAUCCUGAUGGCUCUCGCAGGUUUCUGCGCUUUCACCGUUUGCUGCUGCUUCUGCAUUUGUGGCCUCAUGAACAGAAGGAGGAAACCUAGCAAAGUGAGGUUGACGGAGGAAGCGACAAGACCGCCAAGUGAGCUGAAGACAUGACAAGCCAUUUUUUUAAUACAAAACCCAAAACCAGUGAAGUUGGCACGUUGUGUAAUUCGUAAAUAAAAACAGAAUACAA